AUGCCACAGAUCCAUGCAAAUCUCAGCAAGAAUGUAUCGAUUCCUUCAGUUCACGGCGGCGCUCUUUGGGCAGAUGAUGUCAACUACCGUCUAUUCCUAUUUGGUGGUGAGUUCUUUAGCGGAAGCCCAACCACUAGAAACUUCAUGUCCUACGAUGUAUGGUAUGAUCAAUGGGAUGAUUUCGGGCCGCCUUCUGAAGAUAUCAAGCGCGUCAGUUAUGGGGCUGCUACAACUGUAAAGGAGCGAGGAGAAGGGUACUACUAUGGAGGCUACCUUUCGAGAGCUUCUGUGCCUGACUGGAGCGGCGAGCGACGCGCGACAUCAGAUUUGAUUCGGUAUCAGAUGGACAGUAACACGUGGGCGAAACUCUCAGGACCAGACGAUAUAAAUCGCGCUGAAGGUGUCAUGACCUUUAUCCCCGCAAGUGACCGUGGUAUGCUGGUCUAUUUUGGCGGGUUUCAAGAUCCUGGCGAUAAUGGCACCAUGGUCUCACAGCCAUUGGAUGAGAUAUUCCUCUAUGAUAUGAUAUCGAACAAGUGGCACGUUCAAAAGGCAAAUGGUACCAUUCCUGAGAGUCGUGGAAGAUUCUGUGCUGGAGCUGUAUGGACUGAGGACCGCAGCAGCUACAACAUAUACAUAAAUGGAGGUCACGGGCUGGAAGGACCUGGAUUUGACGACGUCUACAUCCUCUCCUUACCAUCUUUCACAUGGAUCAAAAGCUAUCCUCUCGACCAAAACGGAACAGGCUACUACCCUUCGCACAGCCUGUCGUGUGAUGUCGUCAACCAAGGAUCGCAAAUGCUCACUAUCGGCGGCGCAUUCCCACAGGAUGAAAGCACAUGUGAUGUCGAAGAGGUCUGGGGUGUUCACAACAUCGAUUUGGGCAACCAGAUCAAAUCGAACUUCAAGAAGGUUUGGGCAGGUUAUGAGCCGACUCUCUUCGGUUACAAGGUCCCUGGCUUUGUGACGAGCGUUAUUGGUGGAACGGAAGACGGAGGUGCAACUAAGCUCAAGCCUGACUAUGGAUUUGUUAACCAUGAUCUUGGCGCGUUGCUUAGUAUGAAAGCAGUGUUUUCUAAUCGCACGAGGCUUGAUGAUGGACGCACUGAUCCUGCCGCUACAUCAGAGGAAGGAUCAAGUCCCAAAUCAGGGCUUUCCACCGGUGCAAUUGUUGGAAUUGCUGUUGGUGCUGGACUUGUUGUGCUGGCAGUUCUAGUUGGUCUGUGGCUAAUGCGCAGGAGGCGAAAAGCGCAGGUCAAUAUCCAGUCAGGCCCUACGACAGAAUCAUUUUACUCAACCCCAUACAUGCCACAAACCGCAAGCCCGGUAAACUACCAUCAGUCUCCAAACAGAUGGCAACGCGGAAGCCCCGGAGUUCAGGAGUAUGAGGGGGAGGACCAAAGUCAGGUCCAUUACUGGAGACCGUUUCAGGUCAACGUGGAGCCAUGCGAGAUGGAUGGCCAAGGGACCAGAUCACCCGAGUCUCACGCGGAGACCGAGUACUAUAGGGGCCGUCGAAUCUCUCACUGA